AUGUCCAUGUCCCUCUACAAUGGCUGUCAGGUGUGCGGAGAUCAGAGUUCUGGGAAACAUUAUGGGGUCUCCUGCUGCGAUGGCUGCUCCUGCUUCUUCAAGCGGAGCGUACGCAAGGGCAACAAUUAUGCCUGCAUUGCUGGCAAGGGAAAUUGUGUCGUGGACAAGGCACGUCGCAAUUGGUGUCCCUUCUGUCGUUUCCAGCGCUGUCUCGCCGCCGGUAUGAACAUUACUGCCGUCCAGGAGGAGCGUGGUCCACGCACCCAACACCAAUCGCAACCGAGCAACUCGAAUCAUUGCCGUCGUCUGCUGCUGGCGCGGACAUCAUCAACCCCGUCGCCUACUCCUCCGGUUGCUGGCGGGCAGACACUGCACUUUCAGAUACUCGCCCAAAUUCUGGUCACGUGUCUGCGCCAGGCGAAGCUCAACGAACAGUUCCGUCUGCUGGAGCGAGCGCAGCAGGAUGCCAUUCUGCAGGUGGUGUGGAGUGAGUGCUUUAUUCUGCGUGCCUCGCACUGGUCCCUCGACAUCAGCGCCAUGAUCGACACCUGUGGAGAUGCUCAGCUCAAGUGGCUGCUAGCCGAGGCCCAACAGCUGCGUGCCGAUCUCAUGGAACUCAACUUUCUGGAGACGCUCAUCUUGUGCCGCAAAGAACUGGCCCUCAAUGCGGAUUAUGCCGUGAUUUUGGAGGCACACUCGAAUGGAGCACUCUGCUCCCUGGCCCGCUAUACGCUGCACCGAUCCCAUUGGCUGCGAUUUGGCCAACUGCUGCUCGGAUUACGGCAACUCUGUUUGCGGCGCUACGAUUGCGCCCUCUCCUGCAUGUUCCGGAAUGUUGUGCGAGAUAUUCUGAAAACACUUUGA